GGCCUUUCAGAGAAGACUAUCAAGUUAUAUGAAGUAGUAUAUGCAAUGAGAGAAGUGUACAAUAAAAACCCACCUCUACCAACUGAUGAUAAAAUAGUCAAUUUGGUUCCAGCUUUUGACAAAAUACGAUUCUUUGGAAACAACAAUGACAUAGACAUUUUAUUAUUGUUAAGAAAGGUUUUCUUCUUGUUGGCAAUUAUCAUAGCAAAUAGGCCUUCAGAUCUAACCAGAAUUAAUGCAUCAUCCAUGUACUCAUAG